AGGAGGAGGAGGAAGAGAACGAGGGUGCAUCGCGGCUCCGCUCCCGCGCAGUUUGCCGGGGCAAAGAAGAGGAGGAAAAAGACGAGGAGCCGGGGAAGGGGAGGGACCCUCCUUCCUCCCCUCAUCAAGGAAGGAUCAUACAAGGGAGACGGAGGAGGAAGAGGAGGAGGAAGAAGGAGAAGAUGAUGCGCGGAUCCUGAGCGCCCCAAAGGCUCUCCUUGCCUUGGCUUCCCCCAAGAUGCGGACAGGAGGAGGAGGAGGAGGGAGAGGCCCAGGUUGCAUGGGAAAGCAAUGCCCACGGAGACGAUGACUGCAGCUUUGGAGCCUUUGGAGCAAGGCAACCUUCCUUCUUCCCGCGAGCCCCAACUGGAUUGAUUUCCGUCCGUCAAGGAUGAAGCUGACCUGCAUGUUCUCCUUCAUCCUGCUGUUUGGAGCAGCCGGCCUCGUGGUCUUCAUCCACCUGCAAGACCCAGAAGAAAUUGUCCACCAGCAAACACCAGGAAUGAGAUAUAACAUGGAGUCUCAGCCACCCAAAAAAGACUGCUCACCCAGCCGCUAUCAGGAGGGGAAAACGCACGGAAAGGCGGAUGACGGAUUCCCGGUCGGACCCCAGAGGCCUUCGUUGCAAACAAUGCAGCAGCGCCGACUUAGGAAGCAUCCAAACCCGGAUCGGAAGCUGGUUGUGAUGAAAGGCCUUCAGAGGAACGGCUGGGGAGGCCGUUUUCCUCGGAUGCACAAGCGCAGGCGGAGAUUCGUCCUCAAGAAGAGCCCCGUCCGGUUGGAAGUCAACGAAACCUCGCUUCGCCUGCCCAUGCUGAAGAUGGAGGAUGUUGACGACGUCCGGUGGAGGAGCCUCUAUCAGACGCAACGGGAGCGGAAGCAAAUCAUGAAGGACACCUGCUCCAAGUACAAGAGCAACAGCAAGCGCAUCGUCACGCCGUACCACGUCUCCCGCAUCUUCGUGGAGGACAAGUACCGGGUGCUGUACUGCGAGGUGCCCAAGGCUGGUUGCUCCAACUGGAAGCGGGUCUUGAUGGUCCUCAACGGCUUGGCCUCCUCCACCAACGCCAUCCAGCACAACACCGUCCAUUAUGGAAACUACUUGAAGCGCUUGGAUGGCUUCGACCGCAAGGGUAUCAACCACCGUCUGAGCACUUACACCAAAAUGCUCUUUGUCCGUGAACCCUUUGAGAAGCUGGUCUCAGCCUUCCGGGACAAGUUCGAACACCCUAACAACUACUACCACCCCGUCUUUGGCCGUCCCAUCGUUUCCAAGUACCGGGCCAACGCCACCAAGGAGGCGCUUCGGACAGGUUCUGGGGUCACCUUCCCGGAGUUCAUCCAGUACCUGCUGGACGUGCACCGGCCGGUGGGGAUGGACAUCCACUGGGAGCACGUCAACCGCCUCUGCAGCCCGUGCGUCAUAGACUACGACUUCAUCGGGAGGUUCGAAACCAUGGAGGAGGACGCCAACUUCUUCCUGCAUUUAGUCAAAGCCCCCCAGAACUUGACUUUCCCGCGGUUUAAGGACAGGCACUCCGACGAGGAGCGGACCACCACUCAGAUCACGAAACAAUAUUUCCAGCAACUUUCCCCCUCUCAGAGGCAGCGUAGUUAUGAUUUCUACUAUAUGGAUUAUCUGAUGUUUAAUUACUCCAAGCCUUUCGAAGACCUGUAUUGACAGUCAGUGGGUCGGGAGCCACCGGCACAAGAUCCUGGUGGAGCUGCUCCUAUGCAAUGUGUAUACUGCAAUUGCAAAUAAGAUAGCAGUGUCUGUAUACCAUGGGGAGAAGCAGUCUGAGCAGCCAUAUGCUGUCUCUUUCUUCCCCAAGGCAGUGGGGGAAAUGUCAUUCAGUGAGAUGGGAAAUGGUAGCAUUGCCGACAUCCAACGACAAUUCCCAAAGUUUGGAGUGGGUUAUGGGGAUAGUUUUCUGCCUUUAAGUAACCUUUGUGAUGCCCCAUAGACUGCUGAAAAUGUCAACAUGGGAAGUGUCGAGAAGUUCCACUUCUGAUUUGGGAAGAUGAGUCACUUUGAGAUGUUCGAUAGUUGGAGGGAAACACUGGGAACCAUUUUCUUGGAAGGCGAAUGGCCACUUUUGGAUGCUUCCAAGAUAUAUAGUUUGUCUUUUGACCCAUUAGAAAAGGGGGAUAAUGGGACUGGAUGGGUCUAAGACCACCAAAAAUAGACUUGGGGCCCCAAACCACAAUGGCAGAUUCAACCUCAAACGCAUAUAGACUUGCAAUGUCUGAGGGCGCUUCCAGACAGAACUAAAUCACGAGUUUUAGUGAUGGGUCAAAAAUCCCGGAAUAUCAGGAGGGAUCCACAUACAGACCGGUUGGUUCUGGGAUUUCUGCCUCUAUUGUCCAAACUUGAUGCUUUGUUCCAAGAUUUAGAGGUUCCCGAGAUGGCUGCCAUGUGGAUAUGCGGAGAUUUGGUUAUGCGGUGUCCAUUCUAUUUGCAAGCCAGAAAAACCGUACCCUCCAUGCGUUUCAUGAAGUUUCUGGUACACAAACAAAGUUUUUGCCUUCUGCUCAAGUUUCCCUUUCUUUUUAGGAACCGACCAAUCAGGAACAAGCAUCUAAAACCCAGGAACAAACCCAGAUUUAAAAUCUCUCCUAUGUUAAGCUCCACAUCCGGGACAAUUGCAAGCACAACUCGGGAAGCACAUCCGAUCCUUGCAUUUUUGUUUUUAAGACGACAAGUGAAUUCCAGCCUUGCAGUACAAUCCUUCUUUCUGUUAGUAUUUUCAAAAAUAUCAUUUUGAAACAUUGUAAACAAUCAAAUUACACUUAGAACUGCAAAGCUGCUACAAUAAGGGUGUGAAUUGUCCAUGCUGUAUAGUGGCUGCAAGAGGAAAACGGAACAGGAAGUACAAUUCGUAUCCAUGUAACACAUUUCUGCAAUUCCUGGUUUCCUGUGAUCUCGACAUUUGCAGCCUUUAGACUUCCGAAUGCAGCGUUCCCAAUAAAGCACACAGUUCCUUUUGUUUUUUUAUA